AACAGUAAACUAUAAUGGCGGAGCAAAGGCCAGUUUCUACGGAAAAAAAUGAAAAAAUCUCUAUAAAUAAUGAUACAAUAAACCAAAAUCAAAAUGAUAAGGAGGAAAAUGAAGGAAAGGAUGAGAUGGAGAGAGCUUCAGUUGAAGAAAUUAAACAAAGCCAUCAUAUGAAGCCUGAAUUAACAAACAUGAAGAGUUUAUACCAACAUCGAUCUCAACCUUGUCUACCUCACGUUCUCUCAGAUUACGGCAUGGAAACGAGUAGACAAAAAAAGAAAAAGUUAUCAGAUAAAGCCAGAAGAGAAAAAAGAAGAAAAAGACGUCAAGAAUUUGUGGAUAGUGAUGAUGAACGAGAUAAAGAACGUGAAAAAUUCAAGGAAGAGAAAUAUCUGUCUGUUGUUGAUGAUUUACAUAAAUUGAGGAAUUAUUAUUAUCGUGAAUAUCGAGAUCUAUUGACAAAUAAAAUUGAGAGGCAGCGGCAGGAAAUCAAAGAGAGAUCAGAGGUCAUGUUAAGUAGGUCACAUCUGAAAGAAGAGGAUGAGAAAGCAGCUAGUCAUAAAGUUAAACGAAGAUUACCAAAACAUGUGAUGGUACAUAAUGACCAGUAUCUGAAAAACAUACCAAAAACAGAUAUGUCCAAGAUUGUUAAUCUUCAAACUAAGUUACAAAAACAAGGAAAGCUGAAAACUCAGUCUGAUAUUGAUCAGUUCUGGACGUCUAUCCAGAAUCCUGAUGUAUUUGCUCUUUAUUUUAAUUCUGGAAAUGGUUCAACCAUAAGCCCUGAUCCAUGUCAGUUGAGUGAAUUUGUGGCACCAAGACCACUCAGUCAAAUUAACGAAUCGGCUGAAUCGUCUCGACCUACAACAAGGGGAGAUAACUGGGCUGUAACACAGCAGUACAAACAUCAACAUAAGUCUCCAGGAUUAUCACGACAGAAGACUAACACAUCUGUUGGCAAACAAGCGGCCAUGAAUUUAGAAAAGAAAUGUCCAAUGGUUGAAAUGCCACCAUUACACUGUUUUACCAUGGAUUUAAGUGCGAAACCUCCUGAUCCAGAAGUGACCAGUAAAAGAGUUCAAUUAAAAGCUGUAGAAAAACAAAGAAAGAAAUUCAUGGGGAAAUUACAUAAAAUGCAUCAACUGGCAAUGGCCAAUCAUGCUCUAGCAGCUAGGAUAUUAGAUAAGCAUGAAGAUUUAACAAUGUUUUUACAAGGUCCCGAUUUAUCAGAUUUGAUAUCUGAUUAUUAUUACAACAAGUCUCCUCGUCGUAUUCCCUCCCCUCCUCUCUCUAGUGAUCAGUGGGCAGUGGAGAUGUCCCAUCAGUUGCCUGUGUUACCAGAUAUACCUAGUCGUGGUAGUAGUGAAACUUCUCAACUAUCGACAUCACCAAUAGAAGAGGAAGAUGAAUCACCUAAAGCAUUCUGCGAUACACCAAUGGAAAAUAAGAUGAAAAUGAUAAUGGAGAAACCGUCUGCACCUCUUCCAUUAACGAUGACAGAAGUCAUGGCACAGUGUCGAGUUGUUGAACCAAAAGUUUUGAGUACCAAUUGGAAUAACUACCUACGCGCUGGAAAAACUAAUUAAUGAUUCCUUUAUAAAGUUGUUGUACAUGUUUUUUUUUAUCAAUGUUAUUUUUAUACUAAUUGAUUGAAAAAGUUUGGAAAUACUCACGAUCUGCUGAUCCCUAUCGUUUGAUUCUUGGUACGUACUAAUAACAUCGAAACAUUUGCCUGGCCUUUCAGUGGUAUAUCCAGCAUUUUUUUUUUUAUAUCAAAUAUCUACAGAUAGCGAGACAGGGGCCGACACUUUAAAUGUUUGACAGCCGGUCAGCUUUUGACCUAUUUUAUUUAACUUGGAUUUGUAAGACAUUUUUCCCAAAAAUAUGAUUAUUUUGGGCAAUAUCCUAAAUUGUUUUGACAUUAAACCCAUAAAUUUAACUGUAUUUAAAGGUUAAUCUCUAAUUAUAUGGCAUAUAAAAUUGACUGACAGUUAGGUUAUCCAGCUGGUUGAGACUAAAAGGAAAGCCCCGAGCGAAACAAAAUCUGUUUCUGAAAACGGGGAUAAAUUAUUUGAUAACUGUUUUGAUAAUCAGCAUUAUUUAUUGUAACCAAAGCCAUCGAUUGAUUCAAUUUGUUUUGUAAAUCGAAAUUUUACAUUUUUUUUUUAAAACUAAACUGUAGGUGGCUGUAUGCUUUCUUUAAUUUUCUGUUAAAUGCACAGGCCCUAUGGAUGUAGUUAUGGAAUGUUUUUCGUAUAUUUGUAUUGUCAUCUAAUUGUAACUAAUAUUUUUAUUAUUUGAUAAUGUCCUGUUAUUCAUCCCAAUAUAUACUCUGUCCAUCAGUAUCUUUUACUAUAUAUUGAAAAUCUGUGAUAUUGUACAUUCAGACUUUAUAUUUUUUAACCAGAAACUGGUUGCAUAAUACUUGGUAAUAUUAUUGUUGCUUGAGAAAGCUAUGGCUCUGCCAAUUGUUGAUAUGUCACAAUUCAGAGAGGGCUGCGACGAUGUCAUGCUCUGUUCCUGGUUCAUAUAGUAUUUAUUACAAUUGAUGGUUAACCUAAAUGUAAACCAUUCUUGUUAUAACACGAAUAUGUGAUAUGCUGCUCUACAGUCAAUACUCACUAUCCAUUUCUAGAUUAUAACUUAAUUAAAAUAAAACCAAUAUUUCA